CACAGCUGUGCGCACCGAGAGACUCACACUGACUCUUCUUCACUCGAGACAGGAAAUGUGUCCUUCUCCUUCCACACGGGGUAAAGUCAUGAUCGAGGAAACCAGGAGGCUGAACUUGUGAACACUAAUUUACUGAGACGCUAAAAGUUUCACUGCGACAAGAAGACAAGAAACAAGUCAAAGAUGUCUGUGAGUAGCCAUGAAAACCGCAAGUCCAGGUCGAGCUCCGGCUCCAUGAACAUCCACCUGUUCCACAAGACCUCGCACGCUGAAAGCUUGCUUACUCAACUGAACCUACUGCGCAAACGCUGCGUCUUCACCGAUGUCAUCCUCCGGGCUGGAAAUCGAGCAUUCCCGUGUCAUCGAGCUGUCCUGGCCUCCUGUAGUCGCUAUUUUGAAGCCAUGUUUAAUGGUGGACUCAAGGAGUCCCGAGACGCAGAAGUCAACUUCCAUGACUCGUUGCACCCAGAGGUCCUGGAGCUCCUGUUGGACUAUGCAUACUCUGCUCGCAUCAUCAUCAACGAGGAGAACGCUGAGUCACUGCUUGAGGCCGGGGACAUGCUGCAGUUCCAUGAUAUCCGAGAUGCUUCUGCAGAGUUCCUUGAGAAGAACCUGCACCCUUCAAACUGCCUCGGGAUGAUGCUCCUCUCUGAUGCACAUCAGUGCCAAAGGCUUUAUGAGCUCUCCUGGCGCAUGUGCUUGGCGAAUUUCGCCACCCUUUACCGGACCGAGGACUUCCUGAACCUCCCGAAAGAUCAAGUUCAGGAGCUGAUCUUCAGUGAGGAGCUUGAGGUGGAGGAUGAGAGCGUAGUGUAUGAAGCAGUCAUAGACUGGGUGAAAGCUGAUAUUGGAAGGAGAAUCUCUGACUUGCCUGAGCUCUUGCGCUGUGUGCGUUUGGCGCUCCUUCCAGAGACCUACCUGCUCAAAAAUGUUGUUACUGAAGAGCUGAUCAUGGGAGAUAAAGUGUGUCGAGAGAUUGUCGAAGAUGCAGUACGAUGCAAGAUGAAGAUCCUCCAGAAUGACGGUGUAGUUACUGGUUUCUGUGCUCGACCCAGGAAAGUCAGCCAAGCUCUGCUGCUCCUGGGAGGCCAGACUUUUAUGUGUGACAAAGUGUACAUGAUUGACCACAAAACAAAGGAGAUCAUGCCCAAAACAGACCUCCCCAGUCCCCGAAAAGAGUGCAGUGCCUGUGCUAUUGGCUGUAAAGUUUAUGUCACAGGAGGCAGAGGCUCGGAAAAUGGUGCUUCCAAAGAUGUCUGGGUCUAUGACACCUUACAUGACGAAUGGUCCAAGGCUGCGCAGAUGCUUGUGGCCAGAUUUGGACAUGGCUCAGCUGAAUUAGACCAUGUCCUGUAUGUUGUAGGAGGCCACACUUCUCUGUCAGGCUCGUUUCCUGCCUCUCCGUCAGUCUCACUCAAACAGGUGGAACAGUACAACCCACAGUCUAACAAAUGGACUCUAGUUGCACCUCUUCGAGAAGGUGUGAGCAAUGCUGCUGUCGUGGGAACCAAAAACAAGCUCUUUGCAUUUGGUGGAACCAGUGUGAACAGGGACAAGUACCCCAAGGUGCAAUGUUUUGACCCCUGUGAGAACAGGUGGACGGUGCCAGCAGCUUGUCCUCAGCUUUGGCGUUACACGGCAGCGGCAGCCGUCGGCAAUCACAUAGUGGUCAUCGGCGGAGACACAGAGUUCUCAGCAGGCUCAGCAUAUCGGUUCAACAGCGAAACAUACCAGUGGACUAAAUUUGUUGACGUCACAGCCAAAAGGAUCAGCUGCCAUGCUGUAGCCUCAGGGAACCGACUCUACGUGGUUGGAGGGUAUUGCGGCGCUCAGAGGUGUAAAACACUAGACUGUUACGACCCCUCAUCUGACUCCUGGGACAGUGUGACAAGCGUUCCGUAUUCCCUAAUUCCCACUGCGUUUGUAAGCACCUGGAGAUACCUGCCCUCCUGAAUGUGACAACCAGUUUGAUGUCCAGUGUCAUGAGGAAUGCAGGGGAAUGUGUCCUCUUGUUGGCUGAGGAAUGCAGGGGGUGGGGGAAAGAAAACAGCAAAAGAGAAAGAAAGAAUGAAAAGAAGAAAGACAGACAGAUGCCUGCUGAGGAAUAAAAGAAAGGUACAAGAAAGGAGCACUUGCCAAUUCAGAAGGGAAAAAGUAGAGAGUUCGGCACGGAGGAGAUAAAUCAAGAGUGGACUUUUACUUCAACUCUAAACUAAAUCUGAAAGACUGAAAGCUCUGCACACAUCAAACACACUGUCGAGUCUAAAGCCUGCCCAUUUAUUCCCUCUUUUUCCACCUUCUUUAUCUGAAAGGAGGGUUUUGGUUUCAGUCUGAGAAUUUAACAUUAAAACAGAAAGGGGAAACACUGUGUAAGAUGGUUUUAGAAGGUUCUGGAUUUAGCCUGCAACAACAAUGUGGGUUAUCAGGACGAGGAAGCUGUGGCUCAGCUCUGGGUUUAAAGCACAAGUCGCCGUCAGCUGGAUGAGGAAAUGAGUGAUGUAUUAAACCUGUCUCGCCCCGUGCGGCUCUUUGUUGUUGUUAUGAAGGGAGAUAUAAAUGCCUGGAUACACAACAAAUACAGGGUUAAUGAUCCUAGCUGUUGUAUAUUUAACAUAUUGCUUAAUAUUAUGCGUUGAAGGAGUUUGAUGAAUCAUAUGACAGCUCUCUUCACACCAUCUCGAGGUGGAUUUGGUUAUUUCAUAUUCAAACGACUACUUUAUAUAUAAAUAUUAAACGUUUGUGUUUGAUAACUUGAUGACAGGAAAAUAUACUACUUUAAUGUUAUUUUUUAUCAGCUGUUCAUUGUUGUAGCAUUGUAUUUGUUCAUUAUUAUACUAUAUCAGAUGUCGCCUACAUUUUAUGUAGACUUUAUAUAUUAAUGUAGCUUUUUAUGUUAUUUUAUGCUACUAUAUGCUACUGGAUUAACACUGUCUGAUAGAAUGAAUGAUUUUCACACGUCUGUCACUUAAGAUCAGAUCUCCACUAGAGCUGGGCGAUAUGACUAUGUAACAUCAGUAUUGCUUAUAGCCACCAGUUUAGCAAGCUGCAUGAUGCUAAAGCAUCCCAAGUACACGUAAACUACUGAAAAAAUAACAUGUAAUAAAUGAAGGCUACUCUAUUUGUAUUGCAAUAAAACUAAAAAGACAAAUUUCUAUAAUGUGAACAUUUUGUUAUUUAUGUGGUUCUACUGUUUUGUAAGAACACUGUAACCAAAUCAAAUCAUUAUGAUCCUUAAUAAGUAUUGUGAUGGGAUAUUAUUGCCAUAUCGCUCAGCCCUACUCUGCACUGUGCUAUUAAUCAUCCAUUUGUGAAUUUCUGCCCGUUUUUUUUAGCCAAAUGUUCAUAAAUGUUACUGGUUUCAGUUUGUUUCUCAGUAAAGAUACAUCUAAAAAGUAAA